UAUACGCUCUGCCACAGCCAAACGAAAAACGGGUCGAGGAGCUCUCUCUCUCUCUCUCUCUUCAUCACGGACCCUUACAAAUCUCUGUGCAUUUGCUUUCUCCCGGUCGAGAUUGAAUUCGGAUUGGUUUUCUCAUCGUAGGAUUUCGGUUUCUAUUUCAAGUUCAAUCUGACUAAACACAGUGUUUCUGUUCGAAUUCGAUCUGCAAAAUGAAACUGUCGUUCCAUUGAGUCCUAAGUUGCAAAGUUUCUACCGAGGUUUACUUGAAAAUGGGAACUCUGACGAGUUAUUAUUUCACUCCUCUGAACCUCAGAUUCCGAUUAUGUCCGACCGGAAGAGCUUACAGUGGAAGAAGUCGAAUGUUUGAGAAUAAAAAUUCAAAGCAUCCGUGUUUCUUGUGUAAACAAAGAUUGUAUAAGGAGGUUUUCAGGAGACGCUUUGAUAAUUUUAGGUGUUUUAGUAGCAAUGGGAAUGAAGAAGAGGAUAACGUGUCGAAAAGUUCAAACUUGACGGCUACGACCGAAGAGGCGGAAGAGAGGAACGUCGAUGAACUCAAGUCGGACCAGACUCCCACAUCUAUCUCUUCCAGGCCACCAGAUAUUUCUCCUAUGGGACCCGCUUAUAAUAGUUUCCAAGUUGAUUCUUUUAAACUGAUGGAACUUCUUGGACCAGAGAAAGUCGAUCCUAAUGAUGUAAAACUGAUUAAGGAAAAGCUUUUUGGCUAUUCUACUUUCUGGGUGACCAGAGAAGAGCCAUUUGGAGACUUUGGUGAGGGCAUACUUUUCUUUGGAAAUUUAAGGGGUAAGCGGGAGGAGGUGUUUGCAAAACUCCAGCGUCAACUUGCUGAAGUCAGUGGCAACAAGUAUAACCUAUUUAUGGUGGAGGAACCCAAUUCAGAAGGAAUGGACCCCCGUGGUGGGCCACGAGUGAGCUUUGGUUUGCUGCGGAAAGAAGUUUCAGAACCAGGGCCUACUACACUUUGGCAAUAUGUAAUUGCUCUAUUGCUAUUUGUUCUUACAAUUGGCUCCUGUGUGGAGCUAGGAAUUGCAUCUCAGAUAAAUAGACUUCCUCCAGAGGUAGUGAAGUACUUUACAGAUCCAAAUGCCAUUGAUCCACCUGAUAUGCAGCUGUUAUUCCCAUUUGUGGAUUCUGCUCUGCCACUAGCAUACGGCGUCUUAGGGGUUCAGCUAUUUCAUGAGGUUGGGCAUUUCCUGGCUGCAUUUCCAAAGAAAGUAAAACUGGGCAUUCCUUACUUUAUUCCUAACAUUACACUUGGCAGCUUUGGUGCAAUAACUCAGUUCAAAUCUAUUCUUCCUGAUCGAAGGACAAAAGUUGAUGUCUCAAUUGCGGGUCCCUUUGCCGGUGCUGCACUUUCUUUUUCAAUGUUUUGUGUUGGCCUGCUGCUCUCAUCAAACCCAGAUGCUGCAGGAGAUUUGGUGCAGGUGCCUUGCAUGCUAUUCCAGGGUUCUUUGCUUCUUGGGCUCAUCAGCAGAGCAACUCUUGGUUAUGCUGCCAUGCAUGCUGCCACUGUUUCUAUCCACCCUCUUGUGAUUGCAGGCUGGUGUGGUUUAACCACGUCAGCUUUUAAUAUGCUUCCAGUAGGCUGCCUAGAUGGUGGGAGAGCUGUGCAGGGUGCUUUUGGCAAAGAUGCACUGGUUGGAUUUGGCUUGGCAACUUACACGCUGCUUGGUUUGGGAGUGCUUGGAGGACCUCUGUCACUUCCUUGGGGGCUUUAUGUGUUGAUAUGUCAGAGGACUCCCGAGAAACCAUGCUUAAACGAUGUCUCAGAAGUAGGAACAUGGAGAAGGACAGCUAUAAUAGUUGCUAUAGUGCUUGUUGUGUUGAUACUUCUUCCUUUGUGGGAUGAGCUUGCAGAGGAGUUAGGUAUAGGUCUUGUAACCACAUUUUAACUCACAUAAGCAUAUAUCUCUGUACAAAAUCCAAUUUUGAACAAAAUUCAAUUUUAAUUGAUAAACUUUACCCAGUUAUGUCC